AUGAAAGACCUCCCCCCUACAAUUGUCACACAGCUCCAGUCGUAUCCUCCUGGAGCACAGAUACAACGCCUGGUCCACAUCGGCGACUCGCACAAACCGCUGCGGCAACAAUGUCUUGAAAAGGCCUUGGCAAUCUGUCGUCAGUCCACUCGACAAGUUGAGGCCUAUGAACGUAUUCUUAAACGGCUCGACAAACUACUGAAAGGAGCUGCCCCGAGUGAGGACCGAGAGUGGAUCGACCGGACGCGUGCUGAGAACGCGGAACAGGUGGAUGAACUGAAAUCGCACAGAUCCCAGGCCAAAUUUGACGCCCUCAUCGCACUCUAUUUGUCGCUGGGCCGGUUCCAGGAGGCAAGAAAGGCGUGUGCUGCUCGUCGCGACAACAACAACGACUGGGAACACUCGCUGCAUCUGCGAGUGAUGGAGGCGCGGUCGCAGUUUCUGGAUGGAGAAAAGGUGACUACGAUCCACAAAGUUCUGGAUUCGCGAGACGAGCUGAAACCCCUGGAUCUCAACCUGGCGCUGUUGCUGGCAGCUCUGCAUGAGCUACAGGCGACAACGACCAUGUCCAGCCACUCAGGGGGCCCUGCCACCGUCACAAUUGCACCGUCUGCUUUUGCAAAGGCUGUAGAGUACUUUUUGGACAUGGACUUUGAGUACCUAAAACACUACGACGAUGUGGCUUUGGGGCGAGAUGUCGGCAGAUAUAUUGCCGUGUGUGCCCUCGUAUCCUUUUCCCGUGCCCAGCUGUCGACUCUGGUGAAUCAGAAUUUUGGUUUUUCUGAGCUCGUUGGCGCCGAUUCUGACAUUAUGAAAAUGCUCCAGAGCUUUCUGGAUUCAGAGUUUCUGCAGUUUUUCAAGCUGUGGAAUGUUCUUGUGGGCGAGCUGCCGUUUGAUCUGGUCUUUUCUGAUAUCGUUAGCUCUGUGGAUAGCCUUCUACGUGAACGGGCUCUGAUUCAGGCCAUUUUUCCAUACACGCAAUUCCGGCUGGACGAGCUGGCUCAGUCGUUUGAUAUGGAGCCCGAUGAGCUGGAGACGCUGUUGCGGCAGAUGAUUGUAGCCCUGGAUCUCAAGCUCAAGAUUGACAAGAUUGACGGCACUGUGACGGCAUACCAGAGCGAUGGGUACUCGCAGCUGAAGCAGAACAAGAUGUUGGCCAAGGCGUAUGUGAGGAGUGCUAAGAUGGCCAUGUUGGCCCUAGACAAAUGA